AUUCGCGGGGUACGUUGUGGUACUGUUUUGAACGUUUCUGUCCCAUCGCUCUCUCUCUCUCCGAGUGUAGUCGUGCUUGCAAUACGUGUGUACGGACAGAUCCCACUGUGCGAUGCGAAUCGUUCCACAUUGCGGUGUGAUGCACGUGCCAAUAAUCUGAUCGUAUCGUAUCCUCACCUUUCGCCGAAAAUUGUGACAACUCUCCGGGCUUUUGAUAUCGGUUAUUUCAUCAAUUGUUACGCGGAACGAACGCUCGGCAAACCAAAUUUGGUCAAUGCCACUCCUGUUUAUUAUUUAUUAAUCAUUUUAUGACUCGAAAUGAGGGAACAGUGAUUUUGGGUGGUUGAUGAGUGAGAUAGCGACUCGAGAGGCCUCCCCCGCGCUCCUCGCGCGUGAAUAGUAAAAUAAAAAGUAGCCCACAAGAUAAUCUGUGUUUAUGGAUGUUCACCACUUUGGAAAUGAAAAUAUAGGAAACCAUCAAUUAUAACGGCUCAACGAUUGAAAAUUCGGUGAUCAUCACGCGUAAACAUCAUAAAUCACACCUAGGCAGCGGUCCAGCCCCAGCAGCGGAAAAUGCGGAAGUGAACGCGCUUAGCUUGUUCAACAAAUAGUUAAUCAAUUUGGUGGUAAUUAAAUACAAACGCGUCGUCGAGCGGUUCAUGAUCGUCCGAUCGUCGAACCGGCAGCAGCACUCGUGCCUUAUCCGUGGAUAGUGAUCAUAGGUUGCAUUUGACAGACCAAGACGUCCUGCCAACCGGCACGGAAGCAAUCGGAGAAGAUCUACUUCAUUGAAGUGCUGCGCGCUAUGCGUGGGAAGUGAUUUCAGCGUAUUUUUUUCGGGUGUCAUUCGUGCAUUGCCCAAACUCAGUGUUGUGAGUUGGAUUCUGUGUAUACGUGUGUGUGUGCGUGUGUGACGAUCGAUCUUACCGUCGAUCGUGUGUGCCAUACGAGGACGACCCGACGUUUCGAGUAAAACCAAUCAAAAAUCAUCCUAUAUGGUAAUGGCAGAGAUCGGUGGCCCAUUGGCACACCAGUUGAAUCCCCUGCAGAGCCACCGGGGAGGACUGGUGCAGCCAUCGCUGGUGAUGAACCACCACCUGGAUCCGCUGGACAACGGUGGCGGAACUUGCCUUGCACCCAACAUUCAUCCAAAAAAGGAACGCCUUUCGCUGUGCGUGGGUUGCGGCGGCCAAAUUCACGACCAGUACAUCCUGCGUGUAGCACCGGACCUGGAGUGGCACGCGGCCUGUCUGAAGUGCCAGGAAUGUCGACAAUUCCUGGACGAGAGCUGUACCUGCUUCGUGAGGGAUGGCAAAACGUACUGUAAGCGGGAUUAUGUUAGGUUAUUUGGUACAAAAUGUGAUAAAUGCGGAAGCUCCUUUAGUAAAAACGACUUCGUGAUGAGGGCCAAAACGAAAAUCUACCACAUAGAAUGCUUUCGGUGUUCCGCCUGCACGAGACAGCUGAUUCCCGGUGACGAGUUUGCGUUACGGGACGGAGGAGCCCUGUACUGCAAAGAGGAUCAUGAUCACCUGGAGAAGUCCACCCAAAACAGUAUUAUCCAGACCGUAGAGCCAAAUAACAACAUCAGCAGUAACACCAACCAAAACAACAACAAUAACAAUAAUAGUAUAAGCAAUAACAAUCACUCAAGCGAGCUUGGCUCGAUGUCGGAUUCGGGCAGUGAAUCCGGUUCCCACAAAAGUAUGCGUGGCAAAGGACCCUCCGGGCCUUCCGACGGGAAACCCACCAGGGUGCGAACGGUGCUCAACGAGAAACAACUACACACCUUAAGAACCUGCUACAACGCUAACCCCCGACCGGAUGCCCUGAUGAAGGAGCAGCUGGUGGAGAUGACCGGCCUGUCGCCGCGUGUUAUCCGAGUCUGGUUCCAAAACAAGCGGUGUAAGGACAAGAAGAAAACCAUCCAAAUGAAGCUGCAAAUGCAACAGGAGAAGGAAGGUCGUAAGCUGGGGUACGGCAUGCAGGGAAUCCCAAUGGUGGCCAGCUCCCCCGUGCGGCACGAUUCUCCGCUGAAUUUGCACGGCCUAGAAGUAACCGCUUAUCAGCCCCCAUGGAAAGCCCUGUCGGAUUUCGCGCUGCACUCGGAUCUCGAUAAUAAUGGCGCGAUCAACACCCAUACACCUGCGUUCCAGCAUCUAGUCAACCAGAUGCACGGUUACGACGUCGGAGGCGGCGGUGGCAUGCAGCCGAUGCCUGGCCAGGGCCAAGGUCCACCACUUACCUCGCACAUGGACAUGAGCGGCCAUCACCCGGACAGUACCGAUUCCUAUGUGACAUAUCUGGAGAGCGACGACAGCAUGCAGGGCAGCCCGUAGAGCCCCCAUGGGUAGUGGCAAUGUUUUUAACCUAAAAUGAGAGUAACCUAAAAUUCGUAGGGUAAAAGAUCGCGUUUUCUCCUCCUCCACACGUACAAUCGACUGAGCAGGAGUAAUAAACAGGUGGCAAUAUUUUAUGUUUUUCAAUCGUAUAUAUAUUUCGCAUUAGUUUCGUACGCAGGAAUAGUAAUUUAAUUUAUUGUAAACAGUUUUCUUUUCUGUCCGUAACCUCAGAAUUCUAGCCAAUCGUACUUUACUUUAUUUAAUUGUCCACUAGGGUUGCGUAGCGUUGAAUGUUUGCUUACAGAUGCUUGCCAAGGAAGCGUCCCGUUUCGUUUCAUGUAAAUAAUGUAUGAUAGAGCGCAUAACAGCGAACUUGAGAUGGGAGUCAUUCGGGCAUUUUCUCACUCACUGAAAGGUAGCAUAAUCAAAUUCAAAGUUACAAUGGUCUCUUAAGCGUUAAGGCGUUGAUUUCUAAAUCAAUUUUCAUGUACAUAGUUACUUAUUUAUUAGUCUUAUGAUUCGAACCAUGUCAAGCGCAACAGUUAAGAAGAUUCACAGCGGAAAAAAUGAUCAUGUUCGAAAAAAUAGGAGGAAGAUUUAAACUUGACUAGGUUUUUGCUAGCGAAACAUCGGGGUGUAAAAGUAUAUAAUUGUAAAAAAAAACAGAAAUCAGUUUUUAGAUUUAAAAUGCAACUUUCAUCUGAGAGCAACAAGAUUAUGUAAACUAAUGAAAAUCUGUAUGAUAUAAUAUUAUGACUGCAUGGGAAAAUAAAUUAGAUCGAUUAUGAA